CAUGCUAAUUAAGAGCCAUUGAUAAACAUGUGACUAUGCUAAUGACGGUCGUUAGAGAACAGGAACUCAUCAGUCUUCCUUUACAUAUUGUGGGGAAACCUUUUUCCCAAAACAAAGGCACGGCCCAUAGUUGUUUGUUGUAAGUAGUUGAAGCAGAUCCAGGCUUGGGGGGAUCCAAAAUGGGAUAAAAAGGUGUGAGAAUGAGAGGUGAGUUAGUUUGGGGAAGAGACGUGUGGGUACAGGAGCUCUGCAGGCUAAUGAGGAGACUCUGCCCAAGGACAGCUCUCCGACCCCCAUGCUGAUUAUACUGACACAUUAUGCUGAUUGGAGAUUCCAGGGUACAUAAUUCCCCAAAGCUCUUGUACAGACAUUCUGAAUUGAGAAAGCCGCCGGAUGACUGGUGAAAGAUCUUCAAGAAAAACCCAGCGAGUCCAGUUGAUCUGACUUAUUACUUUGGAAAUACCAUGACCUGGAUGAAUGAGAAUCGUCACAGACAUAUUAAAGAAUUACUAGAUCUCUGCAAUCCACACAGAGACUGGAGCCUCAUAUCUAUUGGAGAGAAGAAGGUGCAACUUUGUAGCACAAUGGAAUGUGAGCAGCAAGACAACAGUCUUACAGGACAUCAGAAGGUUAUCAAAGAAGAGAAACCUUUCCCUUAUGAAGAAUAUGGCAAAGUCUUCUCUUCAGAUGUGACAUUUCUUAUACAUCACACAGAGGAGAAACCAUUCACAUGUACUGAAUGCGGAAAAGUAUAUUCUUCAAAGCAGAACCUUAAAAAUCACCAGACAGUUCACGCAGGGGAAAUGCCCUUCACAUGCACAGAAUGCGGUAAAGGUUUUCCUACAAGGCAGAAGCUCAGACGUCACCAGACAGUUCACACAGAGGAGAAACCCUUCAUGUGCUCUGAAUGUGGCAAAGGCUUCUCUACAAUGCAGCAGCAGAAAAUUCACUACAUGUCUCACACGGGGGAGAAACCCUUUCCAUGCACAGAAUGCAGCAAAGGCUUUUAUACACAGCGACAGCUCAAAAUGCACCAGAGAGUUCACACAGGGGAGAAACCCUUCACAUGCACAGAAUGCAGCAAAGGCUUUUGUACAAAACAGUACCUCACAAUUCACCAGAGGGUUCACACAGGGGAGAAACCCUUUAAAUGCACAGAAUGUGGCACAGGCUUUUCUACAAAGAAUGAGCUCCAGAUUCACCACAUGACUCACACAGGGGAGAAACCCUUCAUGUGUUUAGAAUGUGGAAAAGGCUUUACUACAAAGCAACAUCAUAAACGUCACCAACUAACUCACACUAGGGAGAAACCCUUCACCUGCACAGAAUGCAGCAGAAUGUUUUCUACGAAGCAGUCUCUCCUGGCACACCAGGCCUAUCAUACAGGGGUGAAACCGUAUCAAUGCACAGAAUGUGGGAAAAGCUUCCCUGAACAGUAUCGCCUUCUGUUACACGAGAGGGUUCACUCCAACACACGACUUUUCUCAUGCUCAGAAUGUGGCAAAAGCUUUAUUGGAAGAAGUGAUCUUUGCGUCCAUCUGAGAGUUCACACAGGAGAUGAGCGUUUCGCAUGUACCGAAUGCGGUAAAGUCUUCCGUAAUAAAAGUAGCCUUUUGGUACAUCACAGAGUUCACACAGGGGAGAAACCCUUCACAUGUACAGAAUGUGGAAAAUGCUUCUCUGAGAAGGGAAGUCUUAUAACUCACCGGAAAAUUCACACAGGGGAGAGAGAGUUUAGUUGUACAGACUGUGGGAAAUGCUUCAUUCGUAAAAGCAGCCUUCGGACACAUCAGAGAAUUCACACAGGAGAGAAACCCUUCACAUGUAAAGAAUGUGGCAAAAGCUUUGCAGGAGAGCUUGGCCUUAAAAGUCACCUUACCGUUCACACGGGAGAGAAACCCUUCACAUGUACAGAAUGUGGCAAAAGCUUUGCAGGAGAGCUUGGCCUUAAAAGUCACCUUACCGUUCACACGGGAGAGAAACCCUUCACAUGUAAAGAAUGUGGCAAAAGCUUCGCAGUACAGUUCAGCCUUAAAACUCACCUUAUUGUUCACACAGGAGAGAAGUCUUUCAAUUGUUCAGUAUGUGGGAAAGGCUUCAAUAAUAGGAGCAACCUAUCGAGACACCAGAAAAUUCACACAAGAGAGAGAAACCCUUCACAUGUUCUCACUGUGGCAAAACUGCAGACUGAGGAAAGCCCGGGAAAGUCCCAUGGGGAUUGGAUGAACUGGAGGGGAAGUUCCAUCUACAACCAUCCAAUCCUGAUGCGGCUCUACCGGGACUUAGACUUCUAUGACAACAACAGAGCAGCAGAGAAAUUUCAGUGCAAGUUCUAUUGGUCCAGACUCUGUGGGCUGAUCCCAAACAGCGUUACAUCAUUGGGACAGGAUGGAGGAGGCAGGGCUAAAAUCUACUGCUUCCUCUCUCCCUACACUGUCCUGAUAGAGCCGAGAUGUGACUCACUGAGGGACUGUUUCCUGUUCCUUCCUGUAACUCCCUGCAACUCUCUUCUCCUGAUAUUCCCAUCCCCUGUACUCACAUCUCAACCUGAUCUACUGGGUUCUCCAGAGAUGGAAACAAGGAGGUUAGAGGGGAAAUGGGAGAAUGAAGAGCCGGACACUGAGGAUCCUCUGGACACAAUAAAGAGGGAAAUGGAUCCCGUUCCUGGGGCCGAUUUUCCAUUGAUGGAAUCAGAGAUAUUACAGAUAAAGAUCAAAGAAGAAGAACCAGACUAUGAAGAUGAUCCAAACCCAAUGGAAAGCCUGGCAGGACCAUUUGCUGAUGGGGGCGGCAGUGAUAACCAGUUGUGGAAAUGGCAGUCACACAGACAGUCGGUAGCAGAUCAAGGUUCCCAAGUGGCCGAUUUCUCUGUGGCUACAACUGAGGGUGCCGGAGAGCUUGCAGGGGAGGUUGCGCAGUACAAAGCAGAGAGUGACUCAGACUGUGACUCAUUCAGCAGUUGGGAGGAGGCCGAAGCUUCGGGUUUUAUCUGUUAUAAAUGUGGGGUCAGGUUCUCUGCACACAAGGAUCUCCUCACUCACCUCUGCGGGGAAUCUGACAACGACCUCGAGGGCCAGGACUUUGCUGAAGAGAAACCAUUUAUAACUAGAGAUUGUGAGCAAGUUCAGAAGAGAAUCCUCACAGGGGGGAACCCAUUCCCCUGCGCAGAGUGUGGAAAAAUCUUCUCUUCUAAGAGGAACCUUUGUAACCACCAGCAGGUCCACACGGGGGAGAGAUGUUUCACCUGUACGCAAUGCGACAAGAGCUUUUUUUCCAAGAGCAACCUUCAUGCUCAUCAGAAUAUUCACACGGGGGAGAAACCAUUCACAUGCACAGAAUGCGGCAAAAGCUUCUUCCGGGAGAGUCACCUCCGCCGACACCAGAACAUCCACACGGAGGAGAAGCGCUUCUCAUGCACAGAAUGUGGGGAAAGCUUCUCUACAAAGAAACUCUGUAAUGCCCAUCAGAGAAGUCACACGUCGGGGAAAAUCUUCUCAUGCCAAGAAUGUAAUAAAACGUUCUCCCUAAAGAACCUUCUUCAGAGACACCAGAAGAUCCACACGGGGGAGAAACCUUUCACUUGUCCCGAGUGUGGGAAACGUUUCUUACGAAAGAGCCACCUUCAGAGGCACCGUAAGAUCCACACUGCAGACAAAACUCUCACCGAUACAGAGUUGGGCACCAGCUUCCACCGAGAAGCUCCUCUUAAAAAACACCGCAAGCCUCACACAGGAGAGAAGCGUUUCUCUUGCUCAGAGUGCAGCAAAGUCUUCUCUCGGAAAAGCAACCUCCAGAGCCACCAGAAACUUCACUCAGGGCAGGAACUGUUCACCUGCACAGAAUGCGACAAAUGCUUCUCCUAUAAGAGCAACCUUCUCAAUCACCAGAAGAUUCACACGGGGGAGAAACCAUUCACGUGCACAGAAUGUGGCAAAAGCUUCUCUCAUAAGUGGAACCUCUUCAACCAUCAGAAGAUACAUACCGGGGAGAAACCCUUUGCCUGCGCAGAGUGCGGGAAAAGAUUCUCCUUAAACAACAACCUGAAAAACCAUCAGAAAACUCACACAGGGGAGAAACCAUUUGCAUGCACAGAAUGUGGGAAGUGCUUCUCUUUGAAGAGCCACCUCCACAGCCACCGGAGGACUCACACUGGGGAGAAACCAUUCAUGUGUAACGAAUGUGGGAACAGCUUCUCUUCCAAAAGUUACCUGGAAGCUCACCAGAAUAUUCAUGCAGGGGUGACGCCUUUCUCUUGCUCCGUGUGCGGGAAAAGCUUCUUCCGAGAAAGUCACCUUCUCAGGCACCACAAUAUUCACACCAGGGAGAAACCAUUCACCUGCACAGACUGCGGCAAAUGUUUCCCUACCAAGAGUCACCUUCACAGACACCAGAAUGUUCACACUGGCCUGAGACCUUUCCAGUGCCCAGACUGUGGCAAGAGCUUUCCCACUAAGAGUCACCUUCACACGCACAUGAACGUCCACACGGGCCUGAGACCUUUCUUGUGCACGGAAUGCGGCAGGUGUUUUUCACGGAAGAGCCACCUCCAGAAACACCAGAGGAGUCACACAGGGGAGAGACGUUACACCUUUGAGGAGUUUGAGAAAAGCCUCCUGCAGGAAAGCCACAGACUGCAGCUCAGCCUCCCCCUACAGGAGCCUCCUUCUCCAGAAGCACCACAAGGCUGAGCGGGAUAGAAUGAGCGGGAUAGAAUGAGCGGGAUAGACUGAUCGGGAUAGAAUCAUUCGAUCAGUGUUUGCCUCCUAUUACCGUGAGGAUCACAGUUGCUUUCAGUGUUGGAUUAGAGAGAGAAAUAGAGCAUGCAGAUAAUACCUCGGCUCAGAAAGCCCAACACAAUGAAAGUAAAGGGGAAGUAUUCAUUACAGCAGCAGUGUUACGCCCUAUAGAAUGGGUUGCAGUUAAAGGGGCAGGCUCCAUAGACAUGACUGGUAUCCUGGGCAUCCUGAUGGCACUUUAAUAGGUUUUAUGGACCCCGCAGAAACCGUUUUGCCCGGGGCCAAGAACUUGCCCAUGAUCCUCCUCUUCUGCUUCCUACAGAAAUAAAGUUCUUAAGUAUU